CCCAAUACUCCAUACGCAGAUUGGCAAGAAUACCAGACAGACCAUUCUCUCUUCAUCUCCGGAAGUUACCCUAGAGACCAGGCUGAAUUGUCCCCUUCUGAUAUUUACAGUACUAGCAAACAAAAAGCUUUUGGUUUAGUCCAGCAGCAUAAAAAGACUUUUGAACAUUUUCUUGCACUGUAUCUUAGUGAUGCUUGUUGAUUUGUGUAUUCCAAAAAGAUGUUUGAAUGGAAAUAUACCAUUCUUGAAAACAAAUAAAACUUACCCUUUACUGUUAUUUUAUGGCAUUCUGCUUUGUCCUCUGGAGAAAGCAACUCUUUAAACAUAUUCAGAAUAACUACUGUGGGCCUAUGCAAGUUCACUUCAUAAACUAAAGCACUUAAAGUCUGGUUCAACUGUUUUAAUGGUCAAAGAAGUUCACUUAAGUAUGAUACCCUGAUUUUAAAUACAUUAAAUUACCCCCAUUGAUUUCAGUAGAAUUUUCUACCAGAUAUGUUAUGCAUAAGUAGUAUAAUCUGAGAGCGUGGAUUGGAUAUUCAGUGACAAAGAGGAGGAAUCAAUGAUAAGUAAUACUUAACACUCCUCCCACAAAAGAAUACACAGUCAAGUUAUAAAAAGUCACUGAGUGCAAGAGCUUCAUCUACUAUAAAGAAGACAAGAUAAAAUCAAAUAUUUAAAAUUCUAUUCCCCCCAGGUAAUAAUAUUGUAGGUGGCUAACUGCUGAAAAGCACUGUAUUAAAAUAAAUGUUAGUAUAAAACACAUUUUCUAAUGCCACUACCAAGUAUAACACUUUGUUAAAUAUUUGCUAGCACAGACAUAUAAUUGCUUAGCAGCAUAUUACCAGUAGCUCUAUUUAGUAUAUAGUAGGUAUACAUUGUUUUACUAAAUAAUGCAAAUCAAAAGCAUCUGUCUUAUUUGAGGUAGCUUAUAUGUUAAUUAUUGUAAAUAUAUAUGAAUAGACAUUAUUUAAACAUAAAUAAAUUCAGGUUGAAUUUAUCAAGUAUAUAACAUUAUCAUUGAUUUGUAAUACUGAAAAAUGCAAAAUAUCUAAUAUUGUAUUUUCAUUGGUAAAAUAACAUUUUAAAAUAUUUUCUAAAAAGGAUUUGGUUUCAAUCUUAUACUCACUUUCUUGAGCAUAACUCUCAGUAAACUGAAUUGGCCAGAAUUGGUCUGCACUGUAAGAAAGUGUGGUUAGCACAAGUCUAGUGUUUGCCACACUGCCUCAUAUUCUCCUUUCUUGCCUUUUGGGGAAAAAUUAAUAAUAUGUGUUUCAAAAUAAACAUAAAACCACUUUUUCCAAGGAAGUUUUGUAUUAAUCAUAUACUUGAGGAAUAGGACAUGAUUGUAUAUAUUACUACAAAUUAGUUAAAUAAAUUACUUAUGAAAAGAACUCCCAAAAUAAAGAGCAUUCUCUGUCAUCCUAAAAGUAUUUUACCUCAGUAAAGUAUUGAAAUAUUGCAUAUGAAUUUAUUGCCAAUGCAAUUUAAUAUAACAUUACAAAUUCCACUUUGAACAUAUUUAAGAAUUAAAAGAGGGGAUAUCUAUGAAUAUAUGUGCCAUGCUACAGAAGCAGACCUAACAGACAUAUGUGGAUUUUAACCUUAACCUUCCAUAUAUGGAAGGUGUCUAUCAUUAUUUUUUUGCCUUCACUAAGCAACCAGAGUUCUGCUCAAGGUUGUCAUGGCACAAUUCCCUUGCCUAGUGGAAAGCUUACCCAAUGUAUUUUUUUCUGAAAAUAUGUAAACUGGAUAUUGCACAAUAUUUUUGUAAAGUAUGUUGAGGUUAUACGCUUUUAUUUAUAACAAACAUAAUUUGAAGCUAACUUUGUACAAUAUUCCAGUAUUCAAGUGGGUACUCAUAUUACUUCUUGUAACAAUACAUUCAGGCAAAACUAUAACCUUCAUUCAGAAACAGUUUUUACAGGUAUUUUAACAUGAUUUAACAAUCUUUUUCUCUUUGAUAGUACAUUGUUUGUAUUGGAAUUGGACCAGAAUUAAUUUAGAAAUGGGUCUGUAUUCUGAGAUUGGUUAAAAUAGCUCAAAACAACAUAUAUUAGCUAACUGGAUUUUAGAUAAUUGUCUUAUCUAAGAAUUAGCUUUAAAAAUUGUUCCUAAAGUAUUCACAUUCAAUGUUAAUGUUUAACAUACGCAAACGCAACUAUAUAAACAAAGUCAUUGUGCAAAACAUGGCUAGAAAUAAGGAUAAUGCAGAAUUACUCCCGCCCUCUCCAAAAAAUAAACAUUGAAUCCAAGUAGGAGUGUAUUUAAAUAAUACAUUUUGCCCACCAUCGUUUUUACCCCUGCAUUAUUAACAGUUGAAAGUUUGGUGGUUAUUCUGACAAAUUGCUGGAGGUUGGCACGGGCUAGGGGUUUAGCGUUUAGCCUUCUUGUUCUCUUUCGUAUUUUUGCCUCUUUAAGGAACAACCAGGAACCAAUCCGAUACACAUCCAAAAAAGUGGCGACGCAAGAGUUGCCUGCUCGUAAUGCUGGAUCGCCCUCUUUAGCGGUACUUAAGCAGAUCUCCAGAGUGCCGUGAACGCCGUUCUGGCCGCCUGCUUUGAGGAUCGGGCCAAGGCUUUAAGUCCAUCCACAUCUCUCCCAUCCCCCAGCUCUGCUCUCGGCUAAGGAGUCCGCUGCCGGGCUAGCCCGCUUGGAAGGUGCAAAGGAGGCUUUCCGUGCCGCCUACUCUGCGAAGCUCUACGUGGCUCGGUACUGCCGGUGCCUCCGCAGCAGAAAGCCAGCCCGCCGGCCCGCUUCUUGACAGGGCGCGCUCAGCUGCUUCUCUCCCACCCACCCCUCCACAGCUGUUUAUGCACAUGCCUCAGGAUCCUUCAUUUGCAUACCAAAAUUGCUUGCCAGCAAAGGUGGCCUCCGACGAGUCAGCCCAAGGCUAACUUCGAUUGUUCGCAUUUUCAAACCAAUAAGGGCAAGAGACUAGCUGUGGUUUGCAUUAGGAAUAAACAAAAGGGGACGAGUCGCAGGAGGGGUGUGUUGUGUGUGGGGGGGGGGAGAAGAAGGCGGAAAAGCCUUCGGGCUAGAUUGGGGCAGACCUCCAAGCCUGGGCCAACAUAGAAGCAACAAGCGAGCGCGACGAGACUUCGGCUUGUUCCUUUGUCUGUUCUUCAGCGACCGUCUCUCCGGCCGCGUUUGCUGACAGCCGAAGAGCGAGCGAGCGAGCGCCUUGGUUUGCUGAGAGAGGAUUUGAGCGGGAACUUAGGCGCGCGCCGAUUUGGGAACUGGGUGCUGCCGCAGACGGACCCCUCAGUGCCACUUCCGACUUUAAGCCUUCCUGGGAAAGUCCUCGUUGGCUGUUUUCAAUUUCGCUCUGGAGACCCAAAGGCUCCCCCACCCCGCCCCUCCCGCCGCCGCCUCCCUCUCUCCCUCUGUCCUUUGCCUCACACAGACGCUUGGCAAGCACAGCCCGCGGCGGCAGCAACAACAGCAGCAGAAGUCACCCUCACCAGCUCCUCGCCCUAAACGCGAAAUUGUCCUCCAGAGCGAGCGGCGCUUCUAGGCUGCGCUUGGAGUGGGUCGGGGGUUACUGGUUUGUUUUGUUGUUUUUCAACCAAGACAGUCUGUUGAGCUUUUAAGAAUAAAACGAUGUGAGCAACACUGGUUGGUUCACGUGAAGCAGUACCUAAUCCUGGUGGAUGCUGCAAAGCCGUUCGCUGUGUAAAAAGCCCAAGUCAGUUCAGAUGUUGCUGUUUCAUCCUUUCCCAGGCCUAUGGAAAUGCAGGAUUUAGCCAGCCCACAUAGCCGUCUGAGUGCUGGCAGUGAGUCUCCUAAUGGUCCAAAACUUGAUAAUUCUCACCUAAAUAAUAAUUCCAUGACACCGAAUGGCACAGAAGGUGACAUGACUCUGCUCAACACUGCAGACUGGUUGUUAAAUGUUAAUACACAGACCACUGCAGUUAAAACAGAGCCAAUGAGCAGCAGUGAAAUUGCUACUACAACAACAGACAGGUCUUUAGAGAAUUUCUCAGGAUCAGCAAUUGGGAGCAGUGGCUUCAGCCCAAGACAAACUCACCAGUUUUCCUCACCUCAGCUAUAUCCUUCCAACAGACCAUACCCACAUAUUCUCCCUACCCCUUCUUCGCAAACUAUGGCUGCCUAUGGGCAGACACAGUUUACCACUGGAAUGCAACAAGCUUCUACUUAUUCAGCAUACCCACAGCCUGGUCAACACUAUGGAAUCCCAUCAUAUGGUGCAUUGUGGGCAGGCAUCAAGACAGAAGGUGGAUUGACACAAACACAGUCACCUGGUCAGACAGGCUUUCUGAGCUACAGUGCAAGCUUUAGCGCUCCUCAACCAGGACAGGCUCCAUACAGUUACCAGAUGCAAGGAAGCAGUUUCACAACAUCAUCUGGAAUAUAUGCUGGAAAUAAUUCACUUACAAAUUCUACUGGAUUCAAUGGUUCGCAGCAGGAAUAUCCAUCUUAUCCCACCUUUGGCCAGGGUCAAUAUGCACAGUAUUAUAAUAGCUCUCCAUAUCCCUCACAUUAUGUGGCAAGCAGCAACACCAGCCCAACAACUCCUUCCUCCAAUGCAACUUACCAACUUCAAGAACCACCAACUGGCAUCACAAAUCAAGCUGUAACAGAUCCUCCAGCAGCAGAGUAUAGUACAAUUCCUACAACACCAAUUAAAGAUUCAGAGGCAGAUAGGUUGCGUCGCAGCUCAGAUGGCAAAUCUCGUGGCCGAGGCAGAAGGAAUAACAAUCCUUCACCACCACCUGACUCUGACCUAGAGAGAGUAUUCAUUUGGGAUUUGGAUGAGACAAUCAUCGUUUUCCAUUCACUUCUCACAGGAUCAUAUGCUAAUAGAUAUGGAAGAGACCCCCCUACUUCUGUUUCACUGGGAUUAAGGAUGGAGGAGAUGAUUUUCAACUUGGCCGAUACGCAUCUGUUCUUUAAUGAUUUAGAAGAAUGUGACCAAGUUCAUAUUGAUGAUGUUUCGUCAGAUGAUAAUGGCCAGGAUUUAAGCACCUAUAACUUUGGGACAGAUGGGUUUCCUGCAGCAGCUACCAGUGCUAAUCUAUGCUUAGCAACAGGGGUGCGUGGAGGAGUGGACUGGAUGAGAAAGCUAGCUUUCCGAUACAGACGAGUAAAAGAAAUCUAUAACACAUAUAAAAAUAAUGUUGGAGGUCUUCUGGGCCCAUCAAAGAGAGAAGCUUGGUUGCAGCUUAGAACAGAAAUUGAAGCCCUUACAGAUUCGUGGUUAACGCUUGCACUGAAAGCACUGACACUAAUUCACUCUAGGACAAAUUGUGUCAAUAUUUUAGUAACGACUACUCAGCUUAUCCCAGCUCUUGCCAAAGUCUUGCUAUAUGGUUUAGGUGUGGUAUUUCCAAUAGAAAAUAUUUACAGUGCAACAAAAAUAGGAAAAGAAAGCUGUUUUGAGCGCAUAAUUCAAAGAUUUGGAAGAAAAGUAGUUUAUGUUGUCAUAGGAGAUGGUGUGGAAGAAGAACAAGGAGCAAAAAAGGUGGCUUCAGGCUUGUUCCAAGGACUAUGCAUUUGUAGUGGUGAAUUAGUAUGCAAUCUAUUAUUCUUCCCUCCUUUGAAAAUGAUGAACUUUUAGUUACACUGCAUUGAACAUUCUCUCUUAGGACCAAGCUAUCUCAGCAUGCCAUGCCAUUCUGGAGGAUCUCAAGUCACUCUGACCUUAUGGCGCUUCAUCAUGCCUUGGAACUGGAAUACUUAUAGUAGCACUUUGUACCCUCUGGAACCUCCCUCACAUCUGUGGACGGUGUUCCUGAGUCUUGUUUCAGCACUGGCCUACAGAAUUUUGUGAUUUCAUCAUGUUGAUGUGCAGCUGCAGAUGGUCUUAACCUUUGCCCUUUCAAUAAAUAGCAGAUCACAUCUUUUUCUUCAGAAGCAGCUGUUCAUUCUAGUACUGUGAAUCCAAUGAGAACAAGCCAUUAUGAAAAUGUUUUAGCGAAGUCUUCUUACCACAUUCACUACAUUUAAAUGUUCAUACAUGUGAAGAGACUGGGAAGUGCUUUGUGAUUUCUAGAAUCUCCAAUGUGGUAUGAACACAUCUUAAAUACAGCAAACCUGAUUGCACAACUAAGACUGAACUUAAAAAACAUGGACACAUUUUUAAAGGUUUACUUUAUUCUUGUUUUUUUCCUCAGAUCCAGGGUACUCUGUAAAUCUUUACUUAUUUAUGAACAGAUUCUGUUUUGACGUCAUCAUUUAAAUGUGGAUAUGUACAAUAUGUGGGAAGGCUAUAUCUCGUCAUUGCCUUCUGAUCACAGAAAGAUUUUGGUUUUAGCACAUUGCAAAGUAGAAGUAUUUCUAAUUUAAGCAAAUAAGUACAUCACUGAGACAAUCGUGUACAGGAAGAAUGUUUUUGUGUAAAUUUCUAAUGGACAAUGUUUUACAUAUUGUUUAGACAAAUAUUAUUGAAUAGUAGUAAUGGAUUUUUGGUGAAGAAUGAGGCAGUGUGUGCACAAACUAUUGUGCUGUGCCUUAUAAAAGAAUUGUGUAUAAUGUGUAAAUUGAAAUUUUUAAGAUCAAGACCAAAACCAUGGUUGUCAAGUGUCAAUGAGGAAUCACUUUUUAUUCAUUCUUUUAGGUUUUUUCUUUGAAAAUUUGUUAUAUCACAAUAUCAAAUCCCUAAUUUUACCUUGCCUAUAAUAGGCUACCUUCUCAUUUAUACUUUGUACUUGAAAAUAUAGGUUCGAGUGCAAAAUAUACUUCAUUUAAAUCAGAUGAGAAAAAUUUGCUUGGUUAAAUUGUUACUUUUCUUUUAAAGUGCAUAUAGAGGCCUGAUUUGUCGUUGUUUAUGUGUACUUUGCCAAGAAAAGUAGCAAGUUUACACAUGAAAAUAUAUUCCUAACUAAUAUGAAUCAUAUGUAUUAGUACUGCUUGCAAACUGAGCACAGUGUUCUGUUCCUUUUGUUUAACUGGUUUGAAUCAUAAACUGAACAGCUUCUGUCCAUGGAAGGAUGUUGAUACAAUAGAAGAAUCCUCCUAAUGGAUAAAAUCAUUUUUUUUAUUAUUUGUACCCCAGGAAUCCCCAGAAAUAUGUUGCAAACAAAUGGGAUAAGUUCCAGAACAGGAUUUUAGGAGAAAGGAGAGAGUGACAAAAAUUACUUCUCCCUAUUUCUAUUUUUACUGUCAGGAGCAAUAUUACUGGAAUUCUGCCAAUGAAAAAAUAUUUGCAUUCAAGUCAUUGUCUUCUUGUGCAAAUAUUGAAUGUGGAGUAAUAAUCUAUUCUUUUUGUCAGAAAUAUAGAGAACUUUUUAAAAAGAUAACAUUGUGUAAUGUAUCAUGAUUUAAUAAAGUAAAAAAGAUGUUUUUGCACUCAAAACCUAAAUAUCUUAUCUUAAAAUAGAACAGGAAAUGCUUUUGGGGAGUCAGUCAAUACAUACUGACUAUGGAAACUAGUCUUACUUUUUUAAAAAUAACCAAUUUGUUGCAAAAAAAUUAUACACUUUAAUAACCAUAUUCUAUAUGCCUUGCCAGCACCAAAUUCAAUGAGCUUAAUUCGAAAGUAAGCAUGUCAAUUAUAGCAGUCCCAAAUCUCAUUAACACCUCCUAUUGAAAAGACCAGGCACAGUAGGAGUUAAGAAUUUUAAGAUGGGUAAUUUAGAAACAGAAAUUCCAAAUCUUUUCUAACUCUACAUGAGAGCACAAUAUGUCCCAAACCAUGUGGUGUUUACUUAAAAUAAGAAGCUAUAGUGGUGAUGCAUAUUUCUUUAAGCAUUAGAAUGCUUAAAACCUGCAAGCAUUUUGAAAUGAUUUUAUUUGUAAACCCACAUCUUGAAUUGAAACUAAGAAUGGCAAAUGUCUGGAAGAUCCUUAAUUUUGACAAUUUCGCAUUAACAAUCAGAUUUUUGUAUUGGUCCAUUGCUGGCAAUGGGCACAGUAAAAUUGUAAUUGCCAAUUUUGUUUUCAUUGUUUGUAGUUGUUUAAUUAAUUCUAUCCUUUCUUACUAAUCUGCGACAAUCCUGACAGUUUUAUUUUGACCUGAUUUAGAUAAAUCAGUUUGGCUUACUUGGCCAGAAUUAGUAACAAAUGCAUCUUGUAUCUUCCUCAAAAAUUAUUUCCUACUAUAUUAUACCAACAGCAGUAUGUUUUCAUAUUUAAUCAGGAUUCUUAGCUAUUGAUAAAUGGGAAGGAAAAAUUGGCAAAGGUUGAGAAAAUAUAUGUAAUAUCCUGUGAGCGUCCAUGUUUAAACCCAUGACUAAACAAAGCCCUUAUUACACCAAACCUGCCUGAAUCUAUGCAUGAGUAUAAAUUCUUGGCCUAAAUUUUAAUAUUAGGCUCAGCUGGCUUAUCUAGUAAUACAUAUUUUAGAUAUAUUUUACUUUCUAGAUUUUUAUUUUUGUAGAAUAAACCAGCUUUUAAGCCAGCUAGUAGCAAAAAUAGCUAUUAGGCAAUAAGUGUAUGUGAUUCGGCCAAGAUCCAACUUGAACUUGUAAUUCAAUUUAAAAAUUCAAUUCACAUCCAUAAUCUGUAAGUUUAGCUGAAUAAAUUCAAAUAGGCACUUGUGUGAAAAUUUGAUUUGAUGAUUCUCCCUCAAUUUGAAUCAAAGCUUCAUGCAGCCUUAUUGGGGCAAUUCCUUUUUUGUGGGGGAUGCAUAUUGCUGCUAAAGUUUACAUUAUUUUGUGACUUAUUUCAAACUGUUUGAUUAUAAAUAUAGCCCUUCAUCUUCAGUAACUUGAUCUACCCAAAACAAGCCAAUGCUAGGACUGCUUAAAGUCUGUGGUUAAGCAGACAUGUAAGUCUUUCAGUUGCAAAGCUGGUUUUUGUUUUAGGCAAAACUAAGGAUUUUUUUUCCUGCUCCCCCUUCCUUUUUGGGGAAGGGAGUUAAUCUGUAUGCUGACUAAAAGUAUGUCUGGCCCUUAUUGUACAAACAGUGUGUUGUGUCAACCAUUAUGUACAGAAUCUUUCCUCCAUUCACUUUGCGUUUAAAUUAAUAAAAUUGAUUUGUGACAUAUAG